AUGCUACAUCACAACAAACUGAUAAGACUGUCAACAAACAAACAUGCGUCAGUUAUGUUUUGUACAUGCGGUUCUCUUAAUUUUUCUCACAAUCCUGUACUUUUCCCGUGCUAAGAAUGUUCUAAUGAUAGUUGUGGACGACCUCCGUCCUGCGUUGGGUAGCUACCUUGAUGAAGAUGCCUACACCCCUAACAUUGAUAGUUUUAGUCACGAUAGCUUGAUUUUUCAGCAUGCGUAUGCCCAGCAAGCUCUAUGUGCGCCAAGUCGAAAUUCUUUUUUAACAAGCAGGCGACCGGAUACUUUACAUUUGUACGAUUUUUACAAUUAUUGGAGAUCCUUUGUUUUCAAUUUUACAACACUUCCUCAGUAUUUCAAGGAAAAUAACUAUUGCACUGCCUCUAUUGGAAAAAUAUUUCACCCAGGUGUUUCCAGCAACUUUAGUGACGACCAGCCAUACAGUUGGACUGACUCUCCCUAUCAUGCACCAACUGAAAAAUACAAAAAUGCCAAAGUGUGUCAUUCACGGUCUGGUAACAAACUCGGGAAGAAUUUGGUAUGUCCCGUGAGAGUUUCGAAGCAACCUGGUGGUACUUUGCCAGAUUUGGAAUUAUUGAAUGAGGCCAAGACCUUCUUGCAUAGUCAUGACAAAUCCAAGAGGUUUUUCUUGGCUGUCGGAUUCCAUAAACCACAUAUUCCAUUGAAAUAUCCACAUGAAUAUUUGCGUUUUCAUCCCUUUGACAAUGUGUCAGUCCCCGCCCUGAGACAGAAGCCAAUCGAUUUACCAUCAGUAGCAUGGAACCCAUGGACAGAUGUUCGAGACAGAGAUGAUAUCAAAGCCUUAAAUGUUUCAUUCCCUUACGGACGAAUGAAAGAUAAAUGGGUACGCCUUAUACGGCAGAGUUAUUUCGCCGCUGUAUCAUACAUAGAUGACCUGAUUGGACACUUACUGAGCUCUUUGUCUGCAAGUGGUCUUGAGAAAGACACAAUUGUUCUUCUAACUAGUGAUCAUGGUUGGUCAUUGGGCGAGCAUGGAGAAUGGUCAAAGUACAGCAACUUUGAGAGGGCUGUCCGUGUACCGUUCAUCCUAAAGAUCCCCGGGAAGACAGAUGGAAGCAAUCCCAACACGAAUUCCUUCUCAUAUGUAGAUGAACUCAUUGAACUGGUCGAUAUUUUCCCAACCCUUGUUGAUUUAGUUGGCCUGAAACCUCUGCCCCUGUGCCCAGUAGAUUCUAGGACGGUUGAACUUUGCUCAGAGGGAAUUAGCUUGGUGCCCCUGAUAAACCAGUACACUUCUCAUCAAAGGACAAAGAUCCCAUGGAAAACAGGUGUGUUCAGUCAAUACCCGCGUCCAGGUCUGUACCCCUCAAUGAAACCUAACAGCGACAAACCUCACAACAACCAGAUCAAAAUAAUGGGAUACUCUUUAAGGACAGAAGUCUUCCGAUACACAGAGUGGCUUCAGUUCAAUCCAAUAACUUUCAAGGCCAACUGGAGUGCAGUCGAAGCAGUGGAACUUUACCAUCAUGGUAUUGAUCCAGAGGAAAAUAUGAAUUUAUCAGUUCGACCAGGAUUUGAAAAAAUCUGUGCUGAGCUGAGGAAACAGCUUAGAGCAGGGUGGACAGGAAAUUUACCGUCUCAUAUCUCCCUUUGAAAGUUGGUUAAAUUUUUCCCCGUUUUGUUUUGUGUGUGCAUUGUGCACCAUCACUAACUUUUUAAUCAUCCAACUGUGAAAACUUGAAAUACAAUUAUAUUGUUGAUGUUCAGCAUGCAAACUAAUUUAGCAUCAGAUGUUAGUCAUACCUGUGUCAAAAAUUGUUGAUCAAAAAAUAAAAAUAAUUAGAAAAUGACCUCAUGACACUCUAGCACGUGGUUUGAAUGGUUAUGUAAAGUGCCUGCUUGAUUUUGACACUUUUUUCAAAGGCCUCGAAAGGCCAAGUUUAGCCAUCAACAUCUUUCACUUCAAUCAUUUAAAAUUGUUCAGUCGCUGUUUUCUUGGAGGCUCAAUCAAUAAAUUGUUUUUGAUUCUAUAUUAAAAAACCCCGAGAGUUAAAGUUGCAACGUCGAGUUUAUAAAUAUAUUUUUGACCAAGCAUGGGGAAAGUGAAAGUCACUGCUUUGAGGAGUUAAUUUUUUGUCUUUUGCCGAAGGAGCUCCCAAAAAUCGACUUUUUUGAUACAAUAUUUUUGAGUUUAUUAGACAUUGAUUUUUAUUAGGUUCGGACAGUUGAUAAAUUGACCUGAGUGAUGUUGGCCUUUCAUUCUAAGUCAUCUUUUCGCAUACCUGGUCACAUGUUUAUUUUAUACUUAGUAAGGAUAUUUUUCAAAGCUCUCAAAACUGAAACAUGUGGACACAAGAGGUAAAUUUGUUGGUAAACAUUUGAUCUUUCUUUUUUAUUAUAAAAAAAAAAGAAGAAGGAAAAAACUGAAAUAAAGUCUUGUUCACAUUCAA